CACCUAGACGGAGGGAGUACCUGUGGAGGUGCAGGAGCCCGGCGCCCACGGCACACGCCCUUCCUCUUCCUGGGUCAUUGGCACCGCCACCGCAAAUGAACCGGAGGAGGACACGUCCAGCCCGCAUUGCAUGCUCUUUCGGCCCGAGCGUUUCAAGACCAACGACACUAUUAGGUUCCAGGUUUCUCCAUCUUUUCCUAAAAAAAUGUGUUUACGGGCCCCUAGUAGGAAGACACGACUCCAUACCCAAGUUGCAACUACAAGACUUUAAGGAUGAUAUACCUAUUAGAGAUAUGAGAGACUAUCAUUUUGGCGUCACUGGUUUGCCGAGACACGAGGCAUUGCCUAGGCAUGUUGCUUUCAAAGGCGACAAUGGCAAAUACCUCGGCACGACUCAUGUCAUGGCAACCAUCUGGGAAAAAGUUGGGAAGGUUUUGGAUGGAUUUGGCCUGCUGGAAAAGCUCUUACAUGAGAAACCUGCCGAAGAUGCAUUGAGAAAUGAAUUCGGACAUCUACAUCUGCAAUUUCACACAGAAGAUAAGGGAGAUGCAGGUGUGAUUUUCACUACUUUUACCCGUGAUGAUGGGACCGUCCGCAUAUUAUCCAACCUGAAUGGGUUUUGGAAGCGCGGCUCAGACUCAGAUGAUUGGGUUUCAGUUGCGCACAUAAAAGACCCCCUCCGCGACAACGACCCUGAUACAUUAUUUGAGGUGGUCACCGGAGAUGGCUUCAUUGCACUCCGGAAUCUGGGCAACAAGAAAUUCUGCAAAAGGUUAGACGCAGACGGGGUGUCACUCAGAUUGCCUCAGUGCUUCCGACGAGAACAUAUCCCAAUGCGCAAGGUUGAUGGUGGAAGAGCCAGUUGAGAAAUGUGAGAUCUAUGAUGAGAAGUACCACCUGGAGGAAGCAAGGAUUUACAACAAGCAGAUUAUAAACGUGGCCACUGAUUACAGCACCAACGACACCGGCAAAGAGAUGAAAGCCAAGUUUUCCUUCGUCAAGAAAAUUGAAGUGGCCAGUAAGUGGGAAACCAGCGCUUCAUCCAAGCAAGGAACCGAUGCCAAGAUAAGCUUCGGCACCGGCGGGGAGAAACCGCCGAUAAUCGUAGGCGGAGAAGUCACAUUCUCCUAUGAGUCCUCUUCGUCGCAUGCCAAGGGAACAUCUGAAACCAACACGGAGGAGACAACGGUCACGCAGCAAAGCUGGUCGGAUGCGAGCUUUCUGUGAUGUGCCUAUUCAUACAAGAAGAGGGUACGCCUGACCACCGGAAAAGAAGUUACCAGCACCCACCAUGAUGGCAUCUAUACCGUGGCCAACAACUACAACUUCGGCAUCGUUUUCACCGAUAACAAAGAAGAGGUCGAUCGAGAGGUUAGAGGCUCGGUACUUUUCAACCGGGCCUUAGUUAUGCUUUCUACUCUGUUGGGUUUCCUUUCUUUCACGUAUGUUGUCUGAAUAAUCCUGAUGUUUAGCGUCAGGCUAGCUGCACGUACGUAGUGGUGGAGUACUCCGUAGCAGCGUGCAUGUCAUGUUUGCUUGUUCUAUCUAUCGGGUCUACCACGUCACCAUGUUAGACGUGAUCCGCGGGUCGCACAUGUAAUGUAAUGUAAUGUAAUGUAAGCCUGAGACGUGCGGGUUCACGUCGAGGCGUUGUCUUUCCAUUGUGCUGUGUCAGUUACCCAGCCUCCAGCUUCGGGUCGUGGGAUGGCGCGAUCAGAUCGAGCUGUGAGCGUUGAGGGUUCUUAUGUGCUAUUGUAAUGGUGAGCUUUGCUCCCGAGAAUAAAAGUAAAGAUACAAGAGAAGCCGCAGCAAGUGCGCGGCACAAAAA